AAUGGACCCGUAUACCCCUCGAGCGCGCACAGGAACGCGCAAAAAGCACCUGGGUCUCUCGCAAAAGGAAUACACAAAGAUCACUGGCACAAUUGCUUCUGUCCGCCGACACCAUCGACACCCACAGGACGAUAUCGAGGACGACGUAGAUGGCGAACACCACGUCUCACAUGAGGCGAAUUCGAAAGGCCACAAUGAUACCUCGUUCAUCGCAGAGACGUCGUUUGUUCGCGCUCCGCUGAACUCACGUGUCGUUUCAAGUACGGUUCCAACGAAGACUGCGAAGGGAAAGGGGAAGCAGGAGUCGUUGGAUCGCGUGCCGCUAGAGAUUCAGGAAGCGUUAAUGUUGGAGGAUCUGUUGUUCGUUCUUAUGGGUAUUGAGGGUACCUAUAUCACUCACCAUCCAGAGUAUUCGCCAGAAGAAGACGACCCCUUGCAUGGAAUUCGGUUUGUAGUGUCGCCUUCAUUAGAUUCGUCUUUGCGGGACCUCGUGGAGAGGAUUCUCCCCUUGGCCAUGUACUACACCGCCAUAUCCGCUUUCAUUGAACAUCGGAGUCACCUAGAUUGUGGAAUGGUCAACCACGCGCUUUGUGCAGCCAUCCGGGAGAUGCUUCGGGAUUAUCAAACCCUUCUUUCUCAACUUGAACACGCCUUCAACACGUCGCCUUUCUUUUCGCUCCAAAAGCUCUGGUUCUAUGUUCAUCCAACCCUACACACACUCUCGCUUAUUUACCAGCUGAUCCUUGAACUCGCUACUGCCGACGAUCCCGGAGCAGACGAAUCCUCUUCCUCAUCCGAAAACUCAGAAGAGGAUGAAGAAGAGGCAGCACGGAACGAGGCGCUCGGGCUCGGCGGCGCCAAACUCAAAGCAGUACUGUCGGAAAUCAACAAGGCCGACAUUGUUGGGGGACUUCCAGGCAGCAGUGGCAUUGCAGUCAAGGGAGGCGAAGUUCUGACCAUCAUCUACGAGCGUAUGCAAAACAUGAGCGGAGAUCCGACUGCCGCGGCUAUCUAUGGCAAGCUUUUGAAGAUGGCGUGCCAGCCCUACGUUGAGAUGUUAAAAGAUUGGGUGACUAAUGGGAGACUGAGAGAUCCGUACGAGGAGCUGUUGGUCAAGGAAAGCAAAUUUAUUGAUCGGGGUAUUCUGGACAUGGAUUAUACUGACGAAUACUGGGAGAAGCUAUAUACGCUACGUGAUGGUUCAAUAUCAGCUGGCUCGUCGAAACGACAUCAAGCUGGUGUUCCGCCGCCAAGGUCCGUUGGCGGCCGUUUGCCUGGAGGAGCAUGCAUUCCCCCUCUUUUGGAGAGCUGGAAGCACAAAAUCUUGUUGGCGGGCAAAUAUCUGAACGUUAUUCGGGAAUGCGGAAUCGAGGUGAAACGGGAUCACAAUUUAUCUGAUGACGAGCUAUCGAUGGAGGACGAAAGAUUUUACAAGUUCAUCGAAGAUGCCUAUUCACAUGCCAACCGGACACUGCUCCAGCUGUUGCUUAAGGAUCAACAACUCGUUCCACGGCUUCGCUCCUUGAAACGAUACUUCUUCCUAUCGCAAUCGUCCUUCCUAACCCAUCUCCUUGAUCUUGCCUCCACAGAACUACGAAAGUCGUCUAAAUCGGCAUCUGUUGUGAAACUACAAAGCCUGCUAGAUUUAGCGCUUAACACCGAUGUGCUUGGCGAAGAUGCUCUGUUCAGAGAAGAUUUGAAAGUCGCUAUGGCAGACAGUGGCCUGUACGACUUCUUGUUGAAAGUUGUCACUGUCAGCGGAGUCAUGAAGGCGGAGGAAGGCGGCGCAGAGGAAGAGCCUAAAAAGGAGAAGGAAGAGAAGAAACCGAUGCAAGCUAUUGAUGCAAUGACCUUUGAUUACAACGUCAAAUUCCCUCUAUCCCUCGUAAUUUCCCGGAAGACGAUCCUACGUUACCAACUUCUAUUCCGCUUCCUUUUGCACCUCAAGCACGUCGAGCAAGCUUUGUCUAGCAUGUGGGUCGAGCAGAAGACAACGCCUUGGCGGUGCUCGAUGCUCACGCAUCCCGAGUUUGUCGGCUGGCGGCUUCGUGUUUGCCUUCUCCGGGCACGGAUGCUCGCUUUUGUACAGCAGAUUUUGGCAUUCGUCACGUUUGAGGUGCUUGAACCGAAUUGGCAUCGGUUGGAAGCCAAGCUGGAGAGAGUAACUACCGUGGAUCAGCUACUGCGAGAUCACGUCGACUUUUUGGAUACUUGCUUGAAGGAAAGCAUGUUGACUAGCUCGAAGCUUCUAAAGGCAUGCUCGAAGCUGAUCGUCGUGUGCCAGACAUUCGCCUUCUACUCAUCGUCUUUCACAAAAUCCGCCAAUCAGGCCAUUGCUGCAGCCAACAACCCCGAGGCGGAUGCGUCAAAGGCCAAACGAUGGGAUGUGCUAAACAAGUUUGAGACGAAUUUCAACCACUGGUUCCAGGUUCAUCUCGAUUGCGUUCAGUUCUAUGCUUCUAGUGACAAUGUGUCACUAUUACCACUCGUUGUUCGCCUGAAUAGCGUCAAGUCCGCCUG